AUGGCGCUUGGUUGCAUGUAUGCAUCCAACAGCGGCUUAUGUGUGACAGAUGUGUUGCGUUGCUUGCCUGUCACUGUCCGUGCCGCCACGGUGGCGGCUCUACUGCGUUCGCAUCAUACCGUUUGCCACGAGCGACUCCAUGAGGCGUUGGCAACCCUCCGGAGCGAUCGACGCUUUACGCGGGAGGAGGCGUGGGUGGUGCUGCAGGCGAUGACGGUAGUGUCUGAUGUGAGUUCGGUUGUUGAAGUGCGGUGGAUCGCGGAAGUGAUACGUUGCGUGGUUUUUGGUGACGGUGGUGGCAGCAGCAGCAGCAGCGCGGAACUCCGUGUGAGGACCAUGACGGCGCUGCGUUUGGGCGAAUGCGUCUUGACGGCGGAGGCUCUAGCGUUGUUGUGCGAGGAGUCUGAGCUCUGGUACGAGUCCGCUGCGUACCGUUCCUCUGCCGCAGGGGUCCUGCUAGAAACCGUAGAAGACAAGGGGAGGCGUCGCAAUGGUUGUGGCUUUGGCCCCGACAUGAUAGUGUUUCUGCGGGCCGUGCGAAACGGCGAUGCUACUGCACCUCCACCACCGUCCUACACCUUUUCCACCUCCUCCUCAUCCUCUUCAAUCGGUUCUAUUGAGGCGCUGCGCAAAACGAUGCCACCUAUGGUGGCAACGUAUACCAUGGACCGCGUCGUCGCCGAACUCACGCGGAGGGAGUGGGGAAAUGCGUGUGGCACGGCGGUUGAGGAGAAUGCCAGUAGUAAUAUUGGGAAUAACAAUAGGAGUAACGGGGCCAGUGCGACGGCCCUGCAGUACGUACAGACAGCCGCACCGUUGUCAGACGAUGCUGUGAGUGCUCUGGCGCCUAGGCUACACUUUGAGUUACGGCUUGGCUCGGCCUCCACUGCGUUGGCCCUCUUGCCAUCAUGUCGUUCCAGCUGGAAUUGUAUUGUGCGACUUAUGCAGCAUACACAUCAUGCUGGUGUGGUGAUGGCAUUGGAUGCUCUGCGAGGGCUGAUGGAUUUAUCACCAUCCGACUGCUACUACGUGAUGGUGCGAUUCUGA